AUGAUCGCUGACAUCUUCCCACUACCAACCCGCAAGAAGCUUGGUGGACCCAUUCUAGACGCUGAUGUUUGGCAGAACAUUUCUCGCGCUCACUUGCUUGGUUGCCAAUUGGUUCUUUUUGGGUGUGGUAUGACAUACGCUUUGCUUCCUACGGGACCCAGGCAUGACGCUAUCGCAAUUGCGGAGCAAAUGGAAGGUGUGAUGGAAAAGAUGCAGAGUGAUGGUUGGACAAUUGGUGGCGUUAUCUGUUUUGCUCAUGAUCUAAACAAUUUAGUCAAGGCAGUUCUGAAGUCAGAUUUUUCUGAGGUCACCAAGCAAGCAUCAGACGCGCAUGCAUGGAUGUUUUGCAUCGUUGUUGCGCGUUCAAAGUGCGCUUGA